UAUCAAAACUUCAAAAAAUUGUGUUGCUUUGAGAAUUACAAAACAUAUAAUGAUAUAUUUUUCCCAUAAUCCCAUAAAAAUGUCACAAAUCGAAUGAAGUCACAGACAUCUCUAAAAAUCACCACAUAAAAUUCACACCAUGAUGAUUCGCAUAACAAUACAUUUGUUUUGUAUGGCCUCACCUAUUAUAGUAUGCAUACUCAAAGGCCGCAAUGGGGCGUCAUAAAAACUAACUGUCUUUUAGGAGUAUAUGUUGUUAUUAGAUAUGUACUACAUAGAAUAAUCGGCAUGUAGACGACAAAACGAACACAACAUGGUUACACGGCUGUAACACUGGAAGGCUUACUUAGAUACAAAGUUUCGUAUUAUUAAUUUUGAAAUCUUCAGUUAUGUUGGUGUGCUCUGGACGGAAGUGCGCAUUUCAUGGCGGCCGCGCAAAGACGGCACCGGCUAGACAGCCUGGCAGGAAGAAUUUAUCUGAAACUGCCCAGCGACUGACCCGAACUGGUUGGUCUCGUCAGUCUAGUUUUUAUCGGCCGACGAGACCAAUGACUCAGAAACCAAGUUUGCAAUUAUCUGUCUGCACGGAGCGUAAUCAGAUGUUAAUGGCAACGAUACGAAUAGUGAUAAUUCAGAGACUAAUUAUCCAAUACGUGUUGUGAGUGUUCGAAAACAGGAUCCACGAGUGUCGUCGCUGGGAUCACGUGGAACGACCAAUCAGACGCUGACAACACAGCAUUCACAGCCAACAAUGGCGGCCGAUACGCAGUCUGUACAUCGAGAAGAAAGCAACAUGUCCUCCAUGACAGAACUUGUAGUGAGGGAUUUACAAGAUGCACUCAGUAAACUUAAAGAUGAGAAGAAACGAGACAAAAAGGAAUAUGAAGAACAGUUGAAUCAUAAUGUUGUUAUGAUGGAGAUGCAGGAUAUGAUAACUGAACUGCAACGUGAAUUGAAUGCAGCUGCCGCAACCUCCGGACGUUAUGGUUCAAACUUACCAAGUCGUGAGCAGGAUUCGGCCAUUAUGUUCACACGGUUGGACUGGGAACGUAACCAGCGUGCUCUUAAGAAAGGCGUGGCAUCUGAGAAGGUACAGAGUGAGGUUUACAACAAUGCAGUGGAUGCGAUGGAGCAGUACGUUGAUUUGCCGUCACAACGAUUAGUUCAUCUCGUUAAAAAAUAUACGCACCAUGUACAGAUGAAACAAAUAGAAAGUAUGCGUAAAUGA